UGCUGCUGGUGUUGUACACGGCUCCACCGCAGACAGUGCUACUGCUCACAAGCUGCAGCUCGUCGUCUCCGUCCGGUCUCGAGCACGGUUGGCAUAGCAACGGCGAUGACGGCAAUACACACGUUGCAAACUCAACACCACCGUGGUCGUCGUCACUACCACAGUCGCCACUGUACUUGCUGCCGUGACCUGCGUUCCCCAUCUACGCUAUCGGUGGUGCACAACAGUUCACUGUGCCACCAAGCGACAGCGACCUGGAGCUUAUUGCCAAGAACUUCCGCUUCAUUCAGAUACGUGACUUUGCCCACAGCAACAGCGAUGCACUGCUCAUCGUUGUCUGCAUACUAGCGUUACUGUGUCUCUCGGUCAUUGCUAUCUGCAUGUGCAUCCUGUGUCGGCAAUGUCGCAGCAGCAAGCAACAGGGCGGGCGCAAGAUGAAAACUCCCGGCCCGCAGCAGCGCUCAGACAGUCUUCGUUACUCAUGUCUCGAUCAAUACAGUCCCGCGCAGUCACGUUCCGGAAAGCCGGCCCCUGUCGAGGGUGAUGAGAAUCACGACAGACCAUCAUCGCUGCAGCUGGAGCGAAGUAAUUCCAUGCCGAGCUCACGUGGACGCAAUCUCUCGACGUCAAUACCUCCAUAUCUGCCGUCCGUUGUCGGUAGUCACAGUAACGGCUAUGAGGUGCAUCCGUACAUCAGAAACCCCCGCGGUCCCGCAGGGGCAGCAACAACGACGCGAUGUCUGGAACGUCGACGCUUUGGCAACAUGACCACCAGGUCUACGCGACGCGAGGCAUCGCCGUUGGUUACGGGUGACGACCAACGCACCACCAAGUCCAAUCCGGCACAGGCACCGCGGAGUCGCUUGACCAGCACCCAUCGGCAGCCGCCGUUGCUGCGAACGAUUGAGCGCAGCCAGAGCUGCUACACCGAGGAGGAGCUACUGGCGGACGUGAAGAAGAUUGAUCGCGCCAGGUGCCUGCGCCGACAGUCGACCGUGGAUUCGCAGAGCAUGACAUCGCUCGAUUCCCUUCCGGACAUGCUAAGCAGCACGGGCAUGGACGGUGUCAGCGUGACGACGUCCACUCGUGAUCUGUACCGGCGAUCGACCCCGACGUCAUCGUCAAAGCCCACGACUCCCGUGAAUCGUCGUCCGCUGCCCGCAGCGGCACCCAGCAGCCCGGAGCUGGGCACCGAGAUCAUGUUUGCGGCGCCGUCGAAGUCGCACGCCUCCGUCAAGCUAACCUUUUACUUCACCGAAUACAAUCAGACCAUGACCAUACUUAACGUGGAGUGCUUCGAGCUGAGCCGUGCGCCGUCGCGCUCCAACACCUUCAUGGCCAAGCUGAGCAGCACGCACCGCCCGCUGCAGAAGGAACGCACCGCGCCUGUCAACGGCUCGAGCAACCCAUUCUUCUUCCACGAGGUGCUGCGCAUGCCGUUCGCCAGCAUCGAAGAGGUACGCUCCAGCACAUUGACCGUGGAAGUGUACCUAGUGCACUUUACACUCGGCCCGCUGCACAAGGAGAAGAAGAUUGCCAUCGCGCACUACGAUUUCAACGCCAGCCAGGACGUCGAGGGGGUGAAUAACAUCUGCUGUGACUUGCAGCCAGUACGAUGAACAUCGUGGAUCAGGGGCGUAGCUGGUCCCCCUCUCAGGGGUGGGGGUUGGGGGUUGUACGGUCGCAUAUGUGUAGGAUUGCUAGUGUGUGUCAUCCAUGGUCAUCAUCAUGUGCCUGCUGAACCUAGGUCGACAUUUUUUGGGGUCGGGGAGGCAGUGCAUGUGCCCCCCCCCCCCCUGCCCCAUGCGGACUACGCGCCUGGUCGUCAUGGUUUGAAGUAUACGGAAACGAAAAGCUUCAAGUCGUUUCGUUCGUUUGUGGCUUGUGCCACCGUAUGUGAAUAGACAUAUAACCUGAGACCAAUGUCCCUCAUCGUAGCAGUACCUAACAUCUGCUGUGACUUGCAACCACUGUACUGAACACCGUUGCCAUGCCAUGGUGUCUCAUACGGAAACCGAGAACCUCGGGAUAUUUCAAAUCAUUUUCGUUUGCCCGUUUUGUUUAUGUUUUUUUUUUAGUUCGUUGCCUCAACAGUACAAAGUACAACUUCAAAGAGGGUCGAACAUUUCAUUCGUUGUGGCUUGUGUCACCCUGUAAGAAUAAUCGUGUAUCCCGAGACCAAUGCA